GACAGCUGGAGAUCCGCGCGCUGCGCUUCAUGUCCAUCUCCAGCCCCUGCCAGUGGCACCAUGCGAGCUCAGCCGCGCGUGUUUACGUCCUGAAGGCGCUCAGGAAGCUCAGUGGCUCAACACACACACACAAACACACACACACACCACACGCGCGAACCCUCUGCGUUCUCUCCGUGCGUGAAACUCACACGCGCUCAUCAUGAGCAGAAAAACUCGUCGCUGGAUAUUUCGCUUUCUGCUUUGUGUGGGAAUCAUCUACCUGAAGAUCGGGGGGUUUUCCUCAGUUAUAGCGCUGGGAGCGAGCAUCAUAUGCAAUAAGAUCCCCGGCCUGGCGCCCCGGCAACGGAUCAUCUGCCAGAGCCGCCCUGAUGCCAUCAUCGUGAUAGGAGAGGGGGCGCAGAUGGGCAUCAAUGAGUGCCAGUUCCAGUUUAAACAGGGCCGCUGGAACUGCUCUGCCCUGGGAGAGAGGACUGUGUUCGGGAAGGAACUCAAAGUGGGCAGUAAAGAGGCCGCGUUCACCUACGCCAUCAUCGCAGCAGGAGUGGCCCACGCCAUUACGGCGGCAUGUACGCAGGGUAACCUGAGUGAGUGCAGCUGCGAUAAGGAGAAGCAGGGCUUUCAUGGCCGGGGGGAUGGCUGGAAGUGGGGCGGCUGCUCCGCUGACAUCCGCUAUGGCCUCAGCUUCUCCAAAGUGUUCAUGGAUGCUCGGGAAAUCAAACAGAGUGCCAGGACUCUCAUGAACCUUCAUAACAACGAGGUGGGACGGAAGGUUCUGGAGCGGAACAUGCGUCUGGAGUGCAAGUGCCAUGGCGUGUCAGGCUCGUGCACCACCAAAACCUGCUGGACGACGCUGCCCAAGUUCCGCGAGCUGGGUUACAUCCUGAAAGAGAAGUAUACGCAGGCGGUGCAUGUGGAGCCGGUGAAGGCCAGCCGCAACAAGCGACCCACCUUCCUCAAGAUCAAAAAACCCUUCUCCUACCGCAAGCCCAUGGACACUGACCUGGUGUACAUUGAGAAGUCACCCAGCUACUGCGAGCCAGACCCCGUGACGGGCAGUGUGGGCACCCACGGCCGUCUCUGCAACAAGACACUGACCCAGCAUGCGGGCAGCUGUGACCUGAUGUGCUGUGGCCGUGGAUACAACACUCACCAGUACUCGCGCGUAUGGCAGUGCAACUGCAAGUUCCUCUGGUGCUGCUACGUCAAGUGCAACACCUGCAGCGAAAGGACAGAGGUGUAUACAUGUAAAUGAGGGUUUAUACGGAUUGUUUAGGGAAUGCGUGGUAGGAUUAUAACGCGUUUUGUGCUGUCCACAGCAUUCAAGGACCCGACUUGAUUUGUGUUUGCUGUUGUCUUUUUUGCACAAUGAAUCCUCAUGGGAUAUAACCAAGAGGGCAGUGCUUUACACUGGAGAAGUGUCCAGCAGACUUUAAAGUGACUUUGAAAUGGAAAACAAAUAGUCUUCCUUGGCCCUGGACUUGCUAGACCGAAUAUGAUUCUGCUUUCCAUCAGGCUCUGCUGAGCUUGGCCUGUGGAAUCGAUGCAGUGUUUUACACUCAAGAAAGUGUCCAGCAGACUUUUAAAAAACUAAUUAAUGAGGAAACAACAACAGUUGUCCUGGAUUUACUGUCUGUUCCUUCUGAUAUCAAUUCCAUCCUGGAUAAUGGACUCCAUCAAGCUUUGCUGACCUUCUCAGGCUUGUGGCAUUGGUGCAAUUCUUUACAUUGGAGGAAGUGUCCAGGAGACUGUAAAAUCACUGUGGAGUGGACAAAAGUCAACAAUAAGUAGCCCUGGACUGAAUGAAGUCCAUUCCUUCAUAUAAGCCGCACCUGGCCUACCACCUCAGUGCAGCCUUUUGCACUGGAGAAGGCAUCCAGCAAACUUUAAAAUGACUAUAGAACAGGAAAACAACAAGUUGCCCUGAAUUUGCUGUCCAUUCCCUCUGACACCCAUUCCUUCCAGAAUUCUGCAGUCCAUCAGGCUCUGCUGACCUUAUUAGGGCCUGUGGCAUCAAUGCAGCAUUUGCACUGGAGAAAGCAUCCAGCAGACAAAAUGACAAUAGAUUGGGAGAACAACAACAGUGACCCUGGACUUGCUGUAUUGAAUGAGAUCCAUUCCAUCCUGGAUUCCAUGCUCCAUCGAGAUCUGCUAACUUGGUCAGGCUGUCAGCAUCUGUGCAAUUCUUCACACUCACAAAUCUUUGCACUGGAGAAAGUGCCCAGCAGACCAUACAACUAGAGUGUAAUGGGAAAAAAACAACAAUGAGUGACUCUGGACUGAACAAAAUCCUUUUUUCACAGAUUCUGCACCUUAUUAGGCCUACAGCAUCAGUGCAGCCUUUUACAGUGGACAAAGUGUCCAGCAGACAUUUAGCAUACAUUAAAAUGACUACGACAUGGAGAAAACAAUGGUGGACAUGAAAAACAACUAGGUUCUGGACAUGCCUGGAGCAAAUGAGGUCCUUUCCUUUGUGCAGCGUUUUACACUGGAUAAAGCUCCCAUAGACUUUAAAAUAACUAUGGACAGGAAAACAACAACAACAACUGCCCUGGAUUUGUUGGACUCAAUAAUGUCAGUUUCGCAUGAUGUCCAAUCCAUCCUGAGUGGCGCUCCCCAUUAGGCUCUGCUGACCAUAUAAGGCUUGUGAAAUCAGAUCAGUGCAAUUCUUGACACUGCAGGCAGCAUCCAGCAGACUGUAAAAUGGCUAUGGAAUGGGAAAAAAUGGCCCUGGACUCAAUGAAGUCCAUUCCUUCAUAGAUUCUGCACUCCAUCAGGCUCUGCUGGCCUUAUUAGGCCCGCGGCGUCAGCGUAGCGCGGGCGAGUCUGGAGCUGUCUGAAAUGUGUCUAAGCUACUAGACUUUUCUCCUCCCUUGAUCGAUGUUAGACUGAUAAUGAUAGGUGUGUGCACCUUGGCGUGUGGGACAUUACAUGAUAAGUCUCUCUUGGCUCACAUGCAGCGAUAGGGAAGCUGACAAUUUAUGUAAAGAAACAAUUUUAUUUAUUUAUUAAGCAAGCUACUGUUGAGUGGAUGUUCGUAGUGGAGCCUGCAUGUCUAUGAAAGCUGAAAUUAGAUUCACACUGGAACCUGAAAUGCUUACUGAACUAUGUACUGCAUUGGUGGCGUGUUGUAGCAUUGCAUGUCCACCAGUUUUAGGAAUGGCAUGCGUGAGCAAUUUCCCCCUUAUUUGCUGCUAGUCUGGAGAAUCACAUAUGGUGAGAUGGUGAAAAAAAAAUACUACUGACUACAAGCUUAAUUUGAACUGGAAUAGUGAUACACCCAGACAAAUGGAAUUUACACUGAAAAUAAUUGGUGAGAGAAUAUAUUUUGUGAAAGAGUAUUUUUAUAUGAAUGUUUUAUUUAUACUUUGUAUAAAUUUUCUGUUUCUAGUGCUCAAUUGUGCAUUGCCUCUGAAUCUGGUCAUGCAAUAGUUAUGGAACAAUGGGUGACAUUUACGUGGUUAUACCUGAAGAUGGUAGUGUCAUUAAAAUCAAGCAUACG